CUGACCCGUGAGGGAAGAAGGGACCGGUCCUUGCUCGCCCUUCUCCUCCCUCAGCUCGCCCCGGCCACCGUCCUUCCUUCCCCGCGAAUGGCCCGGAGUUAGCCUGACACCUGUACUAAGCGCUCAGCACAGUGCUCCGCACACAGUAAGCGCUCAACAAGUACGACUGAUUGAUUGACAGCCGAGAUUCUCCAGGGCAUUCGGGAGUGGCAGUUGACAGCAAGGGUCCCAGGCCACGGCCUGGGGCGGAAACAACUACAACAAAAAAAGCCAAAAUGUCACCCGAGUCAAAAAAGCUUUUCAACAUCGUUAUUCUGGGAGUCGCCUUUAUGUUCAUGUUUACCGCCUUCCAAACGUGUGGGAACGUGGCGCAAACUGUUAUCAGAAGCCUAAACAGCACAGAUUUCCAUGGCAGUGGAUACACCAGCAUGGCGAUUAUCUACGGGGUGUUUUCGGCCUCAAAUCUGAUUACGCCUUCGGUGGUUGCCAUAAUAGGACCUCAGUUCUCCAUGUUUGGCAGUGGCUUGUUUUAUAGCAUAUACAUUGCUGUUUUUAUCCAGCCUUUCACAUGGUCCUUCUACACAGCCUCUGUUUUCAUCGGGGUCGCAGCUGCUGUACUCUGGACUGCCCAAGGAAACUGCCUGACAAUAAAUUCAGAUGAAAACACGAUCGGGAGAAACAGUGGGAUCUUUUGGGCCCUCCUGCAGUCCAGCCUGUUCUUUGGAAACCUCUACAUAUACUUUGCCUGGCAAGGGAAAACUCAGAUAUCAGAGAGUGACCGCCGAACAGUUUUUAUUGCUCUGACAGUGAUCAGCCUUGUGGGGACGGUUCUUUUCUUUCUCAUUAGGAAACCAGACCCGACGCAGGUCUUGGGAGAGGAAGAUUCUUGCGACAGCCAGAGCUUGGAAGCCAAUACGUGCAUCCAGAGCAACAUGACGAAGGCGAUAGAUGCAUUCAAAAAGUCCAUGAGACUAUGUGCCACCAAAGAGAUUCUACUUCUCAGUGUUACAACAGCUUACACAGGUCUGGAGUUGACUUUCUUCUCUGGGGUAUAUGGGACCUGCAUUGGAGCGGUGAAUCAAUUUGGCUCCGAAGAGAAGAGCCUGAUCGGACUGUCCGGCAUUUUCAUCGGCAUCGGAGAAAUUUUAGGUGGGAGCCUCUUCGGCCUGCUGAGCAAGAACAACCGUUUUGGCAGGAAUCCGGUCAUACUGUUGGGCAUCCUGGUACACUUUGUUGCCUUUUACCUGAUUUUCCUGAACAUGCCGGCGGACGCGCCCAUCGCCCCCGUCGAGGGGACCAACAGCCGGGCAUACCUCAGUCCCAGCAAAGAGGUGGCCAUCUUUUGCAGCUUCUUGCUGGGACUUGGAGACAGCUGCUUCAACACCCAGCUCCUGAGCAUUUUGGGUUUCCUGUACGCGGAAGACAGCGCACCUGCUUUUGCCAUCUUUAAAUUUGUUCAGUCCAUCUGUGCAGCAGUGGCCUUUUUCUACAGCAACUACCUGCUUCUCCACUGGCAGCUCCUGCUCAUGGUCAUUUUUGGCUUUUUGGGAACCGUCUCGUUCUUCACCGUGGAGUGGGACGCCGCCGCCGUCGUGGCCCGGGGCUCCGAGUAUCGGAGCAUUUGAUGGAGGCACCCGGGGCGGGAGGCGAGGGGGCCGGGGGGACUGGAGCCGGCGGAACUCGGGGACAGGGCGGGACAGAGCGCGGGCAGCCGUAUCCUUCUUCUGGCCAAAGGGAAGAUCCCAACGUCCAGAUUAAAGCUCCCUCCGGCCUGCACGACCGUGCGGCCUCUGGGGCUCUCCAUCUUAAAGACAAAUGGACCAAGAAGGGAAUCUGUUCCCCAGGUGGCUUUCGUUGAGACCUCACCCUUUCCGGUCUUUCCGGGCUCCCCCCUUCAUUCCUACAAUCGUGAUGACCCCAGGGCCAGCUCCUCUCACUCUGGUUUGGCUGGGAAGACCUGGCUUCGAUCCAGGCUCCCGGAUCUCGUACCACGUAGCAAUCUCUGCCGGGGGUGGCGAGGGCUCCAUUUUGGGGGGAAAACCAAGACGAAGGUCAGGAGUUCUUGAUGUCCGUCGGCACAGAUGGAGCUGGGAAUAUUGCGAGAACUGCUGUAGUGAAGACUCACCCUCUCUCUCCCUCAUCCCUAAAGCAUUUAGCCGUGCAAGCGCAUCACUCCUGUAGCCGAUUAUAGCUGGACUGAGCCUUUAAAAAUCAAGUCAAUCAGAGUUGGAUAGACAUGAAACGGUCCCUUGAUCAUUCAUCGUUUCAUCAUAAUUGGAAAUGGUGCCUUUUCAGUGUUUAGCCCUGAAAUCCCAUGAUUCGUUUUUUCCUCCAUUGUACCCACCACCCCAGCGCUCAGUACAGCGCUCUGCACCCAACAGGAGCUCAAUAAAUCCUGCGAGAGACUAAAGA